AAGUGGUGGACAGAGAAGGACGCAUGGUUCCUAUGGGGACCCCUGGAGAGCUCUGGGUGCGAGGCUACAAUGUCAUGUUGGGAUAUUUCAAUGAUGAAGAAAAGACUCGGGAAUUCAUUCGUCCAGAUGGAUGGGCAAAAACUGGGGACCAGUUUGUGCUGCAGGAAGAUGGUUAUGCAAGAAUUGUAGGUCGAAUGAAGGAUGUGAUCAUUAGGAUUGGAGACAAAAUCUUCCCAUCUGAGAUUGAAGAGUUCUUUGAGACACAUCCUGACAUUAUGGAAGCUCAGGUAUUUGGAGUGCCAGACCCAAAAGUUGGAGAAGAAAUCUGUGUCUAUCUAAGACUUCGUGAGGGAGUCACCAUUACUGAACAAGAUGUCAUUGAUUUCUGUAAGGAUAAGAUUGCUCAUUACCGUAUCCCAAGGUACAUAAGAUUCACCAGUGAGUUUACAAGGACAUCAACAACUGCUGACACUGACAAAGAGGCUGUUUACUCUGGUAUAAGAAGCCUGUAUCCUAUAGAUUUGACUGUCAGUCUCAGUGUGUGUACAAAGGAAAAGAGCAUGGUUAGCAGAUCUCCAAUCUCAAUGUACAAGCCAAGCUACCUUCACCGCCCAGGUGCUGAACCACUGUUUGCCCUCACAUUGGGGCAGUUAGCACAGAAAGCAGCAGAAGAAUGGGGUGAGAAAGAAGCAUUAGUGUCAGUGUAUGAGGAGCAACACUACACUUUCAGAGAAGUACUAGAAGAGGCUGAUAGGCUUGCUGCAGGCCUCUUGCAGCUGGGCCUUAAGCCUGGAGAUCGAUUGGGAAUAUGGGGCCCCAACUCCAGUGACUGGUAUAUCUCAAGAGUAGCUGCAGCUAGAGCUGGACUUAUAGCAGUACAAAUUGAUCCAGCAUAUCAACCCCCAGAGCUCUUGCAUGCUCUUGUCAAAGUAGAAGCAAAGGCUCUUAUUUGUGCAGAGCAAUUUAAGUGCAGCAGCUGUUAUGAGACUGUGCAGGCAUUAAUCCCAGAAUUAAAUAAGAGCGCCGAGGGUGGAACUGAAAUUACCAGCUCUAAACUUCCAGCUCUGAAGACACUCAUUGUUAUGAGUAAUAAACAAUAUAGAGGUGCUUAUCGGCUCAAAGAUAUUAUUUCAUCUGCAAGUACAGAGUACAUCAAGGAAGUAAAUCAGCUGCAGACACUAAUACAGCCGGAUGAUGGAUGCACUAUUCAAUUCUCAUCUGGUACAACUGGAAAUCCUAAAGCUGUCCUACAGAGCCAUCAUGCUAUGGUCAACGUUUCCUAUUUCUUUACCAAGAAUUUGGAGUUUGAUACAAUGGAUGGAAGAUUUUGUGUUGUUACACAGUUCUGUCAUGGUGUAGGCACCUAUUUUGGCAUUAUUUGUAGUCUGCAGUUUGGUUACACUGUUAUUUUGCCAUCACCUAUAUUUGACGCUAAGAAAUCUCUGGAAGCCAUUAUACGAGAGAGGUGCACCCACUUGAUAGCAACCCCAUCCUUAUAUGUGGACUUAAUCAACACAUCGCAAGACCUGAACCUUAAGGUCACAACACUUCAGGUGGCAGCAUAUGCGGGUGCACCAUGUAGUCAGCAGCUGGCUUUGCAGAUUAAGUAAAUUCUGAAUGUCAGACGGCUGUGUCCUACUUUUGGAAUGACAGAAGUGUCAGGAGUGUUUGUUUCAAAACCUCAGGAUUCCUUGGAGAAAACAAUAGACACAGUUGGCCACAU